AUGAUUUACAAACCCGGAAACUACUUCUUUCUGGUGCCUUGGGUAGCGUUCAUUCCGUGGUACGGGAUGCUGGUGGCCAUGCUGGUGUGCUGGGCAGCCCAGGGCCAUCCCAUCUACUGGUUCAUGAACACGCACCAGUUCCCGGUGUACAUCUCGGACAUCGGAGCCACGAACCUGCGGCCGCUGUUCAUCGCGUGCGCUGGCUGGCAAGGCCUGGGAUACUGCAUCACGAUAGCGUGCGAGUAUUUCCAGCGGAGCGGUCGCUGGCCGUUCCGGCGCUCUGCGCUCACCAACUCUGCCGUUGCUGACCAUGGCUCGGCCUCCGCGUCCCAGGACUCCAUCAAGUCCAGCUACAGCGACAUGCUGCGCUCCGCCAGAUUUCUGAUGCCCCCCUACUACACUCGCCACGAACGCAACUGUAUAUUCGCCAGUUUUGUGCUGGGCGCGUGCGGCGAGAUCUGCCUGUUGAUGUGCAGCAUUUUCACCACUGCCCUGUACCAUCGGGUACAUAUCACCAUGGUCGGUUUGUUCUGCGCUUUCAUGUUCUUGUCGGUGUGCUGCAACAUCGCGGAAUACCUCAUGAUGGGCAGACACUACGCCCAGCUGCAUCCGCUGGCCAAUCCGGAGGACAAGCUCGUCGAGACCCGCUGGAACCAUUGGGUCGGCUAUCGCUUCAACAAAUACACCAUAAGUGCCAUCGCCAAGAUCAUUUGGCUUGCCGCGGCCCUCGCAUGGGCCAUUGCCUUCGGCGCUAUCAGCGACAACUCCAAGAGCUCAUGCUUCGAGUGGCUUCUGGCUUUCUGGUUCGGCAUUAUAUUCAUCAUCAUUUCCGUCGAUUUCUACCUUGGUGGUCGCUACAAGUUCUCAAAGUACUUCCAUCAGGUUACGUCCUUUGAGGGUUUUUACAAGUACGAUCAAUUGGUCCCUGCUCCUCAUCAAGCCGAAACUGUAAUACUGUGA